GUGAAUGGGGUGUGCAUGGAGGGCAAGCAGCACGCUGAUGUGGUGGCAGCCAUCAAGGCGAGUGGUGAUGAGACCAGGCUGCUGGUGGUGGAUGGCCUCACAGAUGAAUUCUUCAAGAAGUGCAAGGUGGUGCCCUCUGAGGAGCACCUGACAGGUCCCUUGCCAGAACCAGUUGCCAACGGAGAUCCCCCCAAGGAAAAUGGUGGGGAACCACAGUCCAACUCUGUGUCCGAGAGCCCGUCCAGCCCCGGGCCACUGACCUUGUCCCCCGACUCCGGUGAGACCCACAGCGAGCCCGACAUGCAGGAGGGUGACAAGCGCCAUUCAGCGCCCGGCUCCCUCCUGGACCUCGACAUCCCACUGGCAGUGGCCAAGGCGCCCCAGAUGGACUGGAGCAAGAAAAACGAACUGUUCAGCAACCUGUGA